AUAAUAAGAAUACAAAAGCAAGAGCAGAGUAUAAGUUACUACAAAAAUCAAAUCACAAUGCAAGAAAAUUGCUACAAGAUACUUUGUUAUACACUAAUGAUUACAGAAAAAACAUUGUACUUAAAGCUAUAUUACUAUUAUAUACCACUACUAAGGACAAAAAGAAAGUUUUUGAAAAAAAACUUAAAGGCUUGGGUUUUCUAAUAACAGAAACCAAAACACCACUUACUGUUCUCAAGAUAGAAGAUGCUAUAUAUAUGACAAAACUGUUAGAAAACCAAGGCCCACACAAGGAAAUUUUCAAACAGACAAUUGCUAAACCUCAUGAACCUGUAAAUAUCCAGAUUCUUAAACUUUUAAAGGAAUUCAAAUAUAAAUAG